GUCAGUUCUAUGGACAUCACUCACAACCAGUGCCUUCUUGUUCCUGCUUUUACUGCCUCGGUCUCCUGUGGAGCUAACUGCUGUCAUCCUUUGCGUGGGCUCCUUUGUGAAUGGGUCCUGGCAUCAGCUCCAGCACUGUCCAUGGCAGUUCACCCGUAUGGCAACAGUCCUUGUCAGGCCACUGCAGGGGCGUCCCAUCUUUGUAUCUCCAGGAGUGUCCAGGCACCGCCCUCUCAAAGGUGCAGAGACGUGCCUGGAAAGCUGAGACCCCCAUCACCGCACAGCAACAGGGUCGCCGCCACUCCACCUCGGACCCAGUUGUGCGACUGCAGCAGGCCCGGAGGGGCUCUGGCUCUGCCACCAAGCUGCUCUCCUCCUCCUCUCUGCAGGUGAUGGUGGCUGUGUCUUCAGUCAGCCGUGCCGAAGGGAACCCAACUUUGCCGGAAAGAAAAAGAAAUUCAGGACGCCCAACACCAAAGUACACGAAAGUAGGAGAGCGUUUGCGGCAUGUCAUCCCUGGACAUAUGGCGUGUUCCAUGGCAUGUGGCGGCAGGGCGUGCAAGUAUGAGAACCCAUCCCGCUGGAGCGAGCAGGAGCAAGCCAUUAAGGGGGUUUACUCAUCCUGGGUCACUGACAGCAUCCUGGCCAUGGCCCGGCCGUCCUCUGAGCUCCUCCAGAAGUAUCAGAUCAUCGAGCAGUUCCUCAGCCAUGGCAUAAAAACCAUCAUCAACUUGCAGCGCCCAGGAGAGCAUGCGAGCUGCGGGAACUCUCUGGAGCAAGAAAGCGGCUUCACAUACCUUCCGGAAGCCUUCAUGGAGGCUGGCAUUUAUUUCUACAAUUUUGGAUGGAAAGAUUACGGUGUAGCUUCUCUUACCACCAUCUUAGACAUGGUGAAGGUGAUGACAUUUGCCUUACAGGAAGGAAAAGUAGCCAUCCACUGUCACGCUGGGCUUGGUCGAACAGGUGUUUUAAUAGCAUGUUAUUUAGUUUUUGCAACAAGAAUGACUGCCGAUCAAGCAAUUAUAUUUGUGCGAGCGAAGCGGCCCAAUUCCAUACAAACCCGGGGACAGUUGCUCUGUGUCCAAGAAUUCACCCAGUUUCUGACCCCUCUCCGCAAUAUCUUCUCCUGCUGUGAUCCCAAGGCACAUGCCGUCACCCUAGCCCAGUAUCUGAUUCGCCAGCGUCAUCUGCUUCAUGGCUAUGAGGCACGGCUUCUGAAACAUGUACCAAAAAUUAUCCACCUAGUGUGCAAACUGUUGCUGGACCUGGCAGAGAACAGGCCAGUGAUGAUGAAGAAUGUGUUUGACGGACCAGGUCUGUCUGCUGAUAUUGAAAAGACAGUGUCAGAGAUGGUUACCAUGCAAAUGGAUAAAGACUUGCUGAGGACCAACAGCACUGCGUCUGACCCAUUUAGGCCCCCGGCAGGAGUAGCAGAGUUUGAGACUCAGGACAAGGUUCUUUCCAAUGAGCAAGAGUUUGGCCCACUCUGGAAGAGGCGAAAUGUUGAAUGCUUUCAACCCCUGACAUGUCUGAAAAGGCGACUCAGUUACAGUGACUCAGAUUUAAAGAGGGCCGAGUCUCUCCUGGAACAAGGAGAGACCCCGUGGACGGGACCGGCCCAGGUCUUGCUCUGCCACAGCUUCAAGCAGCAGAAGGCCAUUGGCCACUGUUCCACAGCACAGUCUCCAGAGGUGGACGUCAGUAAGGAUACAUCAGCCCAUGGUCCAUUUUCUUUCUGGAAUCAUUCUAAGUGUGGCGACAUGCAAGAGCUCAGAGAGGACAGGCUGUCGCGUUGCCCCAGGAGGAGCCCUGCCACGGAGGUGCAGCGGAGCAGAACCUUCUCUGUGGGUGUCUCAGGCUCACCUGGGCCCGGGGAGCAAGCCACACCCAGCCGUGCAGAUGGCCAGAAGAAUCCGAGUGCUGCUCACCCACAGGGGGCCCACUGGGGCCUCAGCCCGGUCAAGCAGGGUGGGCCUUUCUGUAGCCCUCUAGACUGGGGCUCUGGGCCUCAGGUACAUUCCCCAGGUGGGGGUGAAGUUCAGGAGAGCAGAGACCUUCCUGAAGCAGCAUCAGAACCGAGUGUGGAAGCACGAAGAAUACUGGCGGCCAAAGCCCUGGCCAAUUUAAAUGAGUUUGUGGAAAAGGACGAAGUGAAAAGGAAGGUAGCGAUGUGGCAGAAAGAACUAAAUUCCCGAGAUGGAGCCUGGGAAAGAAUAUGUGGUGAGAGAGACCCUUUCAUCCUGUGCAGCUUAAUGUGGUCUUGGGUGGAGCAGCUGAAAGAGCCCGUGCUCACCAAGGAGGAUGUGGACAUGCUGGCCGACAGCCAAGUAGAGGCCGCGGAAGCCCUGUUCUUGUUACAGAAGGGACAGCACCAGACCAUCCUUUGCAUCUUACAUUGCAUCGUGAACCUGAAGACGAUUCCUGCGGAGGUAGAGGAAGCUUGCCUCGCCCACGCCAUUAAAGCCUUUACUAAGGUUAAUUUUGAUUCUGAAAAUGGACCAGUAGUUUACAACACUCUGAAAAAAAUAUUUAAGCACACAUUGGAAGAAAGAAGAAAAAGAACGAAAGACAGCUCGAAGGCUGGCCUCCACGGAAACUGAGUUUUCGCUCCUGAUGAGUAUUUCGGGGCAGACCUGAGGGCUCAGACGACCU